GGAAGUGACUGCUGAAAUCACUCAGUAUAAAUGGGGCAAGGUCAGUCCCUGGAGGCAUUCUGUGAGUAAAGUUGGAGUGCAUAUAACACAGUUUAAUCAAAAAAGUUGGCUACAAUACUAAAUACACUUACUUCUGAGUUCCUGAAUCACUAGUAUGCCUUUCCUGGGCUAUGCAGCUCUCCUGUUAUGUUGGAUGUAUUGUACUGCAGAGAGAGCUUGCGAAGAAUCUCCUCCAAGGAGAGUUAAAGAAGUGCCUACUGAAACAUGGAACAACCCUCCCUAUCCACAUGGUACUCAAGUAACUUACAAAUGUCGGCCUGGAUAUAUAAAAAUAGGACGAAUUGCGAUGGAGUGUGCUGAUGGAGUGUGGAAGCAACAAGGCAACACAGAAUGCAGGAGUAAGCCCUGUGGACAUCCUGGAGAUACUGAGUUUGGUUCCUUUCAGCUCACUGCUGGAAAUGAGUUUGUCUUUGGUGCCAGAGUUGAAUACAGAUGUAAUGAUGGAUACCAAAUGCUUAGCCAAAAAAAUUACCGUGAGUGUCUCGCAGAGGGAUGGAGCAAUGACAUCCCUCACUGUGAAGUUGCGAAGUGUUUACCUGUAAAAGCACCAGAAAAUGGAAGAAUAGUUACAAGCGGUGCAUUUGAGCUAAACCGAGAGUAUUCCUUUGGCCAGGUUGUAGAGUUUGAAUGUAGUCAACAUUACAAGCUUGUUGGAUCUAAAGCAAUACAUUGCUCUUCCAAUGGAAAAUGGGAUAGUGAGGUACCUCAGUGCCAAGAAAUUAUCUGUAAUGUGCCACCAAUUCCGAAUGGAUUUGUACGCGCCUCGCAGAAGACUUACAGGGAGUCUGAACAACUGCAUUAUGCCUGUAACGAAGGAUACACAUAUGGUGAAAGAGCAGAUGUACAAUGUACUGAAUCUGGAUGGUAUCCAACCCCCUAUUGCAUUGAAGUUGUAUGCUUUCCUCCAGCAAUUCGCAAUGGAAACUUUAGACCUCAAAAAGACAGGUACACAGAAGGAGCUACAAUCACAAUAGACUGUAAUUUCGGAUAUCGCUAUAGCACACUGACUGACAGAAACAUAGCUAAAUGCACCAGCAGUGGCUGGGUGCCCGCUCCAGGUUGUGUUGAGAAACCAUGUGACUACCCAGCUAUAGAAAAUCUCAGGUUGAGUGAAAAUCUGCGAUGGAAUUACUUUCCAAUGAGGAUUGGGCAGUCUAUUUACUACCACUGUCUUGAAGGCUACUCAACCCCAAGUGGAGAAUACCAUUUUCAAAUUGUCUGUUCUCAAGGAGGCUGGAAGCCAGAGCCGGCAUGCCUCAAAAAAUGUCAUGCCAGAAAUUUGGAAAAUGGUAAUAUCCAAACUAACUGGAGAAACUUUUACAAAGAAGGUGAUAGAGCUAAAUUUUUCUGCUCUGCAAACUAUCGUACUGAAAAUGAAGAUGGGGAAAUUACAUGCACAAAGAAUGGCUGGUCACCUACUCCAAGAUGUAUCCGUAAAGAAACAUGCCAGCAGGUUGAUCUGAUGAAUGGUUAUUUCAUGAUGAGACAGGCAACAUUUAAUUUAGGGGAAACAGUCACCUAUAGAUGUUAUAAUGACUUUGUAACUCCAGAAGGACAAGAAAUAGGAGAGAUACAGUGUCAAAAGAAUGGCUGGUCUCCACCUCCAAAGUGCAUCCAAUCAUGUAAAACGUCACACAUUCACUUUUUGACUGGCUCUGUAAGGAAAAAUAUAUACCUGCCUGGAGAUACACUUGAGUAUACAUGUCCUGAGAAAUUUCACACUGCAGAUAACAUGCCAACUGGUACUGCAAGGUGUGACAUAAAUGGUGAAUGGAAACCAGCACCCCGCUGUGUCGCAAUAGAAUGUGAACUACCAGUACCGUCCAAUACACGUGUUUCUCCCAAGAAGGGCAUAUAUCACAAUGGAGAUGUCGUGAAAUUCAUCUGCGGAAAAAAUUACGUAAGAGUGGGCCCUGCCUCUGCUCAGUGCUAUUACUUUGGAUGGUUUCCAUCACCACCAACAUGUAAAGUGGAUCCAAGAGACUGUGGACCUCCACCUGAAAUCAUCAAUGGAAAUAUUACUGGUGGCUUUCUGGAACAGUAUCAGCAUGGGAACACAGUGAAAUAUGAAUGUGACAUCCAGUAUAAAUUGGUUGGAUCAAAGGAAAUAGAAUGUUUGGACGGGCAGUGGUCAUCUCCUCCUUCUUGCAUUGAAGACAAAAUGCCUUGUGAAUCACCUUCUUCUAUCUUGAAUGUUGUUCUUCACCGGCAAGAUCAAACCCAGUUUUCUCACGGUGAUGAAGUAACCUAUGGAUGUAGGCAAGGCUCUGGGAAUGCUAGCAGAAUGAGAACAAAAUGUCUUAAUGGAGAAUGGAAGCCUUUACCUCUUUGUAACGACACAUUUCAUCAGUGCGUACCUCCAAAGGAUAUUGUGCUUGAACGCACUAGUUCUUCUCCCAGGCAAGGAAAGGAGACUGGGCUGCGUAUAAGGUAUAAAUGUAAACCAGCUGACAACCAAUUUAAACAGGCAACUUGUGUGUCUGGAAAAUGGUCUCCAGAGAUUCAAUGUAAAGGUGAGAGUACAUGCCCGCUUCCACCUCAGCUGCCUAAUGCUAACAAGAUAACAAUCAGAAGAAAUUACAAGAAUGGGAGUAAAAUAGCUUUUUCAUGUCUGGAGGGUUUCCAUCUCAUUGGAGCAAAUGAAAUAACAUGUGUAGAUGGGAAAUGGCAGUCACCACCAUACUGUGUUGAAAAACCCUGUUUGCCACCACAACCUGUAGAACACGCUGAUGAUCUCAGGCUGGUAAAUGAGCACUUAAAAAUAGAAAAAGAAGGGAAAACGGUUUAUCUGGCUGGUGCUGUAAUGAAGUUCACUUGUCAUUCUGGAUUUGAGUUAGACGGACCAUCAGAGAUAAGUUGUUCUAUGGGAAACUGGAGUUCAUCUCCUACAUGCACAGAAAUGUCAUGCGGAAGUAUUCCAAAUGUUCCUGAUUCUGCAAUUGAAGGCAGAAACAAGGAAGUGUAUGAGCCUGGUGAAACAAUUCGCUACCAGUGUAAUGAAGGAUUCGAGGCUGUUGGUCUCCCAGAAAUUAUUUGCAGAAGAGGAAAUUGGUCAACACCACCGUUCUGUGAAGAUGUUAGCUGUGGAGCCCCACCUGAAGUUCACGAUGCUUAUAUUACCAGCACUCAACAGCAGAGGUAUCUGCCUGGUGCUCAAGUGCAGUAUGAAUGUGACAGCAAUUUUCAGAUUACAGGUGUAAAUUAUAUCACUUGUUCAGAUGGACGAUGGUCACAAACACCAACUUGCAAAGAUAUGAGAUGUGGACCUCCUCCAGAAAUUGCUGGUGGUAAAGUUCAAGGUGUUAAAAAGUCAAGGUAUUUGCCUGGGGAGACAGCUAAUUAUCAGUGCUGGCAAGGUUUUCAGAUGACUGGAGCUUCCACUGUAAGUUGUCAGAAUGGGACCUGGACAGAGCUGCCCACGUGCAAAGGAAAGAGUGGAAAAUGUGGCCCACCUCCAGAUAUUGAAAAUGGAGAAAUUCUUUCCUUCCCAUUGCAAGAAUAUCAACGAGGUACAACUUUGAAUUAUAAAUGCCCAAGUCUCUACAUUCUGGAAGGAUCUCAGCAGAUCACAUGUAUUAAUGGGCAGUGGACAAAUCCACCAGUUUGCUUAGCGGCCUGUACAGCAUCUGAAGAAGAUAUGAACAUAAACAACAUUGAGCUGAAAUGGAGGGGAGAAAGAAAGCUGUAUUCCAAAUCGGGUGAUUUUAUCGAAUUUGAUUGUAAAAUAGGAAAUGUGCGAGACCCAGCAUCUUCUCCGUUCAGAGUACAAUGUAUUAAUGGCACAUUAGAAUAUCCACUGUGCAACCCAGGAAGGGACUGCACAGUGCUUGACUCAGAAAUGGAUAAGAAGAACAUUAAAAUGAAAUCGUUCUGGAAUAAACGUUACACCUAUCGCUCAAAGGAAUAUAUUUCCUUUACAUGCCAAUGGCUUUAUAAGCCAGUUUCAGGAACACAGGAAUUUAACCCACAGUGUCUGGAUGGAGUAAUUCAGUAUCCUCAAUGUGCAUGAGCAUUAGGAUAGACAGAAAUAACAUGACUGAGUCCAGCUGGAGAAAUGAACGCUCCUUCAACAAAUCCAGUGAUCUGAGCUCAAGUUUUCCUGGAGUUUCCUGCUUUAUUGUGCUUUCUAGCUUAGACAGUGUUCUCUGUUGGAAUUUGCUAAUUCAUUUUCUUUAUAUUAUUGGAUGAUUUUCUUUAAAUUUAACCAUUUUUUGUAAAUUUAUUUACAUUCUGUAACUGUGUUUACAUUUUAUCCAUCCGAAUGAUUGUACUCACUUAAUUCUUGCCUAUUCUGCAUAGAUCACUGUUAUUUUUAUUUACAUUUGCAUCCUGAAGUAGGCUGACGUUGGUGGCAUACUGAGUCAAGAAUUAAAAAGCUUGUAGGUAAUUUGAUUAUCAGCAAGUAAUGAGUGUGUUUGGCCUUGUCUGCUUCUAGCUUUUUCUCCGUGAGCGUGCCUGGAACUUAGGCUGGGAUCAUGGCAGAGGCAGGGUGAGUCUCCUUUAAACAACUCAGGGGAGACUCUGGAUCACAGAACCUGAUUCCUAUGCAGGACUUGAGCUUCCGUGGUAUUUGGUGGAAAGGCAAGAUGCUGGGCUGCAGGUAACUAACUAGUAUUUCUGAAUGUAGGUAGGCACAACUCCUUUGGUCCAGCUCCUGGAAUGGGACCUGCCAGCCUUUUCAUUUUUAGGUGAGCCUGCAUGGCUAUCUUGCUGGAUCUGGGACACUUGUGCUUUAUUUUUCUGGUAGUUGAUCCAAUGGUGACAUAUUGCAGCUGAUGAAUAGGAACAGCUAAUGUGUCUACGUACUAUUGGUGUAUUGCUAGUUGUGGAGGGGUUUUACUGCCCUACUUGAUAGAGGUUUGUAGAAGAUAUGCUCUUUGCUUUUCUAAGAAUUUUUUGAAAGCUAGUGUGGACAGCACACGCAGCUCUGUGCAGCAGGGGAUGAUUCUGUGACCUUGAGAUGCCUGCAGCAAAGAGAGAUUUUUCUUUAACUUCAUGUAAUUAAUUCAGCCAAGCUCAUGAAAAUGAAUCAAAGCAAUACGCUGCAUUUGUGUACUGUUAAUGUUACUGGAGUCUAUCAAUCUGUCUCAGUAUUCAUGCGAGGUAUUAAUAUGAGUUGAGUUCUAAGAAAAUAAAGCAAGUAGUACCUG